UGCAUGCACAUCUUUACCGGGAACCAACUUUAGCAGGACACUGUUCAUUUGUCUACUGCUGUGAAAAUUAAGAAUCGCAGUAAAGGAUCUCGUGUGAGGGUUUUAAAUCUAUUUGGAUUGGAUUGUGUGCUCGCAUCAUGUUCUGGAUAGAAGCAUUGCUAUUCUGGAUAAGUGUGCCACCUGCACUCUGUGCCCGGACUGAUGGUAAAUCUGGGAGUUGUAGCGAAGUCAGGCGAGCAUACAACGCUAAAGGAUACAGUGUGUCCAGUGUCCCCUUCCAGGAGAUAGCAGGGGAACAUCUUCGCAUCUGUCCUCAGGAAUACACAUGUUGCACAACUGAAAUGGAAGAUAAACUCAGUGAGCAAAGUAAAUUUGAAUUUAUGAAACUAGUGGAGGAAACCAGCCAUUUUGUACGCACUACCUUUGUGUCUUGGCAUAAAAAGUUUGAUGAAUUUUUUAGAGAGCUCCUUGGAAAUGCAGAGAAGUCUCUAAAUAGCAUGUUUGUGAGGACAUACGGAAUGCUGUACAUGCAUAACUCUGAAGUGUUCCAGGAUUUAUUUAUUGAACUCAAGCGUUACUAUACAGGAGGUAACAUCAAUCUGGAAGACAUAUUAAAUGAUUUUUCAGCACGUCUGCUGGAACGCAUGUUUCAGAUUAUAAAUCCUCACUAUCAUUUCUCUGAAGACUACCUUGAAUGUGUAGGCAAAUACAUUGAUCAGCUGAAGCCUUUUGGAGAUGUACCUAGAAAACUUAAAAUUCAAGUCAUGAAAGCCUUCAUUGCAGCACGGACAUUUGUCCAGGGUUUAACAGUGGGUCGAGAUGUGGCAAACAGAGUGUCAAAGAUCAGUCCAAAUUCAAAGUGUACCACUGCGCUUAUGAAGAUGUUAUACUGCCCUUACUGUCGAGGUCUUUCCAGUUUAAAACCAUGCAACAACUAUUGCCUCAACGUGAUGAAAGGCUGUCUGGCAAAUCAAGCUGAUCUGGAUAUUGAAUGGAAUCUUUUCAUUGAUGCCAUGCUUUUAGUAGUUGACAGAUUGGAGGGGCCAUUCAAUAUCGAGUCGGUCAUGGAUCCUAUCGAUAUUAAGAUUUCUGAAGCCAUCACAAACAUGCAGGAAAAUAGCAUUCAGGUGUCAGGCAAGGUUUUUCUGGCAUGUGGUCAACCCAAAUCGCCAUAUUCAUUAAGGUCAUCUCGAUCAUAUUCAGAAAGAUAUAAUAAUCGUUUCUAUCCCUACAACCGUGAUGACAGGCCGACAAUUACUGCUGCCACAAGCCUGGACAGACUGAGGACUGUUUGGAGGACAAUGCAGAAUGCUAUAACAGAUAUGAAGGAGAAAUUGAAGUUAUCAAAAAAAAUUUGGUCUUCCUUACCACAUAGCAUUUGUAAAGAAAAGAGAUUGACUGGCCGAUUACGGGAUGAAGAAGAAUGCUGGAAUGGACACAGUAAAGCACGGUAUCUUUCUGGAAUAAUGAGUGAUGGCCUGAUAAAUCAGAUCAACAAUCCAGAAGUAGAAGUGGAUAUCACAAGCCCGGAUACAUCCAUAAGACAGCAAAUCAUGGCUCUACGUGUUAUGACAAAUAAACUAAAGAAUGCCUACUUUGGAAAUGAUGUGAAUUUUCAAGAUACAAGUGAAGAAACAAGUGGCUCAGGAAGUGGAAGUGGGUGCAAUGAUGAUAUUUGUCCUACAGAAAAUGACGUCAUCACCACGGAAGCUCAACCAUUUGACUCUGACAGAAGGGAAUUUGAAUUUUCUGCAGCAACAAAGAUUCACCAAUCAUUUUUUAUGUUUUUUGUUUCUAUGUUUUUGGUUUUGGAAAGACAGUGGAGAUGAUCUAUAGAUUUCUAAGCUGGAAACGUUUAGUUCUGAGAGAAAUCCAUUUUCUUUUAUUCUUACACUCUUGGCCAAUGGACCAUUUCCAAACAUUGACAAUUUUGUAUGUAUAAACGCUUUCCUUAUAUUAUUUUGUGCCUAAAAGUUUCUGGGUACCCUGGUCAAACCACCCAAUAUUUCAUUUUUAACAUGUUCAAAGUUGAAAAACUGACAGAUUAUUUUGCUCACAAAUAUUACUUACAGAGCUUUUUUUCAACAAACGAAUACAGAAAAUGUCAUCUCAAAAUGUCUUCACAUUUAAAGAAAAGGUGAAAACCAUAAUUAUGAAGCCUAUUUUUUUGAUGCAAACUUUAAAGAAAAAAUGGAAAUCAUGGAAAAAAAGAUGUUUAAUCUGAAUUUGGAAAUAUCAAUGAUGGAUUAAAGUAUAAGAAUGAAGAUCGGCAAAAACGUCCAAUCACCACGACCAUUACUUUUAGAAGGAAUAUUCAAGAAACUAUUUUUAGGAUGUAAAAUAAUUUAUAGAA